AUGGAUGCUGCAAUCACUGCAGUUGAAUACCAAGAUGAUGGAAUGGUUAUUGACUUUAUUGAUUCACAACUCUGGAUACUCUUUGUGUUACUAGAAUUUGAAAAUGCUAGGUAUGAAAAAGAUCACAAUGCUAUUGUCAAGGUUAGAUGCUGUUUCUACAGGUCUCCAACUACAGAAACACUGGCAUGGUCGGAAAAUAUGGACUCACUCUUAGCUAACAAAGCUGGUUUGGAUGCUUUCCGAACAUUUCUAAAAUCAGAAUUUAGUGAAGAAAAUGUUGAGUUCUGGCUUGCCUGUGAAGACUUCAAGAAAACAGAAAGUAGAGAAAAGAUUGCUACCAAAGCCAAGAUGAUUUACUCUGAAUUCAUUGUAGCUGAUGCUCCAAAAGAGAUUAACAUUGACUUCAGUACCAGAGACCUCAUCUCAAGAAAUAUUGGUGAACCAACUCCAAAAUGCUUCGAUGAGGCUCAGAAAUUAAUUUAUAGUCUCAUGGCCAAGGAUUCAUUUCCUCGAUUUCUAAAGUCAGAAAUUUAUAAGAAACUGGUGAAUAGCCAACAGGCUGGAAAUCAUAAAAGGUGGCUACCUUUCCUGUGA